AUGGUCACGUGUAAGAAAGAGGAAGUCGCUGCUGAUCAAUGGUUAGAAAUAACCAAUGAAAAUGUUGAAUGGGAUAUCCUACCUCUCAGAUUGGCUGGCUUACACGUUCUGGAUAGCGUCCGCCAGGACGCGGCGCAGAGCUCAUUGAUCAAACAAAUCGUCCUCAUAGCGACGUUAGCAGUCGUCUUAAGUAACUUCGCGCUUGGCGAGAUUUGCCUUAGUAGCAUCUGUCUGCGCGGCCAACCGCAAGAAGUGACCACUGUCCAUCUGCCGUCCAAUUCGCUCCAGUUCGUCGGCCGGACUUCGCCUUUGGCAAGUGGUCGUUACCGUUCGAUGAAAGGAAGAAAGCUGUUUUCGUCUGAUGAUGCCCAAGCAUUUUUGCAGAAGGUAUGA